GGAAGUGUUCUCGCGUCGCCCCUUCUGCCGGAAAGAGGAAGCGCGAGGGAGAGCGAUGGCGCCCGGAGGAGCCCUGAGAGUGCUGGUCUGCGGGGACGUGGAGGGUCGCCUGGGCUCCCUGUACAGCCGCGUCCAGGCGGUGCAGAGCAAGAGCGGCCCCUUCGACCUCCUCUUGUGCGUGGGGAACUUCUUUGGCUCGGCCCAAGACCCAGAAUGGGAGCAAUACCAGACAGGAGCCAAGAAAGCUCCUAUACAGACAUACGUCUUGGGUGCCAACAACAGUGAAACAGCACAAUGUUUUCCAGAUGCCAGUGGAUGCGAACUAGCGGAGAACAUCACUUACCUGGGACGUAAAGGGGUCUUCAGCGGAGCCUCUGGGCUGCAGAUUGCCUACCUCAGUGGAACAGAGUCCACAGGGGGGGAACCAACUCCAGCCCACUGCUUCAGCACCAAGGAUGUGACUGAUCUUAAAACCUCCCUGCUGUCCACCUCUAAGUUCAAAGGCGUAGACAUCUUGCUGACAUCGUCUUGGCCAAAGGGAGUAGAAAUCUUUGGAAAUAGCCCUGGUGACAUAGACACUAAGAAAUGUGGCUCUGGCCUGGUGUCUUUACUAGCUGCGAGUCUGAAGCCAAGGUACCAUUUUGCUGCCCUGCAAAAGGUCUAUUACGAAAGACUUCCCUACAGGAACCACGCAGUUCUCCAGGAGGCAGCCCAGCAUGUCAGCAGGUUCAUUGCCUUGGCUGGGGUGGGCAAUUCCAACAAGAGGAAGGUACAGAGAGUUCCAGGGACCUUCCUGUCUCCUCUGAUGAGAAUCAUCAAAGUAAUCACCAUUUCAUUGAUGGAAACAAGUCAGUUGUUUGUGUUUCUCCUCACUUUCUUUGCUGUUUGCUUCCUCCAGUAUCUCUACGCCUUCAGCAUCCUCCCAAUGAGCUCCAUGGAGCCUAUAGAGCUGGUCAAGCAGCCACAAGAUGUGACGGAGAACCCCUAUCGAAGGCCUGGGGGCGGCAAGAGCUGUGCCCACCUGCUGCCAAACGAAAAGGAGGAGCUGGCUCCCCAGUUCUUCUUUGACUUAAGCAGCAAGCCAAAAGGAAGGAAGCGCCGCCCAGAAGGUGGGGAGGGGCAGCAGCCCAAGCGUGCCCCCAACAAGCCCCCCCUGCCAACGGCCGCCUGCUGGUUUUGCCUUGCUAGCCCAGAAGUUGAGAAGCAUUUGGUGGUGAGCAUCGGCACUCACUGCUACCUGGCCCUGGCCAAAGGGGGCUUGACUCCAGACCAUGUCCUCAUCUUGCCUAUUGGGCACUGUCAGUCGAUGGUAGACCUGGCGUCAGAGGUGGUGGAAGAAGUAGAGCAGUACAAGUCUGCCCUGAAAAGGUUCUUCGGGGCCAGAGGGAAGAGAUUUGUGGCCUUUGAGAGGAACUACCGCAGUCAGCACCUCCAGCUCCAGGUGGUUCCUGUUCCCCUGAACUGCUGCACUACGGAAGACAUCAAGGAGGCCUUCAUCGUCCAGGCGGAGGAGCAGCGAAUCGAGUUGCUGGAGAUCCCAGAGCACUCGGCUCUCAAGCAGAUAGUCCAGCCAGGGACGCCUUAUUUCUAUGUGGAGCUCGAUAACGGGGAGAAGCUCUUCCACCGUAUUAGGAAGAGCUUUCCCCUCCAGUUUGGAAGGGAGGUCCUGGCCAGCGAAGCCAUCCUGGGCAUGCCUGGGCGGGCAGACUGGAGGAGCUGCCAGGCGGGGCAAGAGGAAGAAGCCACGGCAGCCCAAGACUUCCGCCAGGCCUUUGAGCCCUUUGACCUCGUCCAGGAAGAUUAA